AUGCCAACUGCCGUCGCCGGGGGCAUCCGCAACCACACGCCGGGCCGCCCGUCACCGGACCUCCUCCCCGUCGCCGCCCGUCGCUCGCCGGACGCCUCGCCUUCCUCCCCGAAGCCCUGCUCGCUGGACCGCCUCGUCCCCACUGACGCCGUUCGCCUCGCCGCUGCGGACUCCGGCCACCCCAAGCCGCCCUCGAGCCCACUGCCCCCUCCCUACAGCUUCGCGGUGAGCUGCCGCGCCAGUUGCGCCUCCCCUCUCCUUCCCCCUCUCUGCGCCCGUACUCCGCCGCAGUCGCCGCUCGCGUCGCUACUCGGCCACGCCCGAUGCACGCGCCCGCGCACCACCGUCCUCCCGAUAGCAGUGCUCGCCGCGCCCCUUGCGCGCCCACCUCCGGUCGCUGUCGCCCGCCGCGACCGCUGCGGUCCACUACUGCGCCGCUCUGCCUGUCGCUUCCGCCGCGGGCCGCCGCUGCCGCUCGCCCCGCCUGCCGCUCGCGAUCCCAGCUCCGUGCUCCGCUACACCCCGUCCUGCUGGUCGGGGUUACCAGCUCCGCCCGCCGUGGCCCUCGCGCCCCGCUACGGCAAGCCCCGCCGUGGCCACGGCCUCGCCCCGCCCCGGGCAGACUACGAGCGCCCGUUACGCCCGUGCCCGCUGUCCGCCCCGAAUGACCGACUUACAUGUGGGGCCCAGUCCCCAGGAACUCUUAAAAAUGAUAAAAAAUAG